CGUCUGCAAAAAAGUUUUAGUCCGAAAAUUUCCUUCGAAAAGUCACUUAUUUUCGCGAUUUUUUGUGAGUAUCUCUAUUUCUUCUCCAAUUCUGAGUGAGGUUUUGGAUCCGCAGGCUUCGUAACCAGCGGGAAAUAGAGAUCAGCCGAAGAAAUGGUGCUCGUGAAGAUGACCCGCUCUGUCCCUCGCCUGCUGCGUUUGACCCGCAGCUCUGGCCAUCGAGCCAACCACCUCCCUCUGGCCCCUGCAUGUUCGCGCUGUGUCCACAGGGGUCCCUUUGGAGGAAGUGAUCCCUUUGCGAGGAUGGAGGAGUUCAUGAGAGACAUGGAGAAGAAGUUUAGGAGGGACAUUGAGGACACUUUCAGCACUCUUACAAAAGAUGUGCCACAAGGCCUGAUUCCCCGUGUGUGGGAUGUGGCACCCCGCCCUAGGUUUGGAGACGUGAAAAACCUUUCCACACCCGAGAUGUACAAGCUUGCCUUCUACUUCAAAAAUGCCAACCCGGAAGAUGUGACAGUAUCGUUGAAGGACCGCACCCUGACAGUAUCAGCCAAGAUUGAGGAAACGACUGAGAUCUCCCGAUCUUCGCAGAAUUUCACUACACAGUAUGACCUACCUGAGGGCUUAAAUCUUGAUGCACUAGAGUCAAGUUUGUCGGACGAUGGCCUGUUAACCAUCGAGGCUCCACAAAUAGUGCAAGAGGAAACAAAAGGUCCCAAGACCAUUCAUAUUCAAAGGGAAUGAUCGCACUGUAAAUAUUUCCUAGGUUUAGUUAGCAGGGAUGUAGAGUUAUGAGAAAAAUAGAAAGUGUGAAAUAGUUAUGUUUUAAAUCAUGACUACAAAGUUUUAUGUUAUAUAUGUUAAUAUACAUGUAGAAUAUAAAUAUACUGUAGUAGAGGGAUAUGUAUAGCACAUUACAAUAUAUUUCAGUUAAAUGAUUAAAUCAUGUAUGUUCUAGGAAGUUUACAUCAUCAUAGGUUAAAACAAGAUUUUUUUUUAUAUCAUAUGGCUGUGUUUUAUCUUUAAAACUUGUUUAUAUUUUUGAAAAAGAUUAAAGAUAAAAGAGAA